AUGGAGGGCGCAUUUACCCACCUCGGCAAUCAUCUCAUCUCUGACUCGGCCGCUACGAUCAAGGCCGGUGCCGAUGACUUAUCAAACCUCGAUCCCGAAGACAACUUGCUCUACCGUAAGCAUGCGGCUAUGGGCGGGCGUCGCCGAGACGAUGACGAUGACAACCAGACCGAGCUCUACGACGACGACGACGUCGACAGCUUGACCAGCGCGCCUGUGGACGGCAUGAAGAGCCUUAACCUCGGAGCAGAUGACGAAUAUAACCUCCCGGAACAUGCUUGCGCCAGCGCCGCUUCCCACAUUAUCAACCAUCUUGUUCGCGCGCGCCACAAGGAGGUCCAGCUCCACCCCGAAUCUGCGCUGGGAGAUACCACGCUCGAGUGCUAUAACUGCGGGACCAAAAACGUUUUCCUUCUAGGUUUUAUCCCCGCCAAGUCGGACUCCGUUGUCGUCCUGCUCUGCCGCCAGCCAUGUGCGGCGACCUCGUCCAACAAGGAUAUCAGCUGGGACGUUUCUCGAUGGCAGCCCCUGAUCGAGGAGCCGUGGAAGGAGAAUGCCAAUGCCACCAUUCACUCGCUCCAGGCUACCGCCAACGUGGAGGACGACCCUCAGCCUGUUCUUCUCCGAUAUGAAGACCCGUAUCACUACCAAAACAUCUUUGGUCCCCUCGUCAAGAUGGAAUCGGACUACGAUAAGAAGCUAAAGGAAGCCCAGUCCGAAGAUGACCUCAAGGUGAUUUGGUCCGUUGGCCUGAAUUCGCGUCAGCUAGCCAGCUUCGAGCUGCGCAAGAUUGAGUCAGGAGAUGUCAAACUUGCUGGUGUCGGCUACGUGAUCAAGAUCCCCAACAAUCAGUCAGACGAAGUAACCUUGGAGCUGAGAAGGACAGCGAACGACCCGGCCCCACCCACCGAGUGUACGCUCAACUUUUCCGCCGACUAUGUGUGGAAGGCUACAUCGUACGACCGAAUGCAACUCGCCAUGAAGACCUUUGCCGUCGAGGAGCAGAGCGUAUCCGGCUACAUCUUUCACAAGCUUCUUGGCCACGAAGUCCAGGUUAAGGACAUUGGGCGAGUGAACCUCCCGAAGCGCAUGAAUGCCCCUCACCUUCCCGACCUCAACCAGAGCCAGAGUGAGGCCGUCCGGGCUCUUUGCGAGCGUAUCCAUCGUACCAAUCUCAAGGUCGUUCGACUGACAGCCAAGUCGCGAGAGGACGUUGAGUCGUCUGUCAGCUUCCUUGCGCUCCACGAGCAAGUCCGCAUGAACGACACCAACGCUAACCUUGUCAAGCUCACGCAGCUCAAGACGGAGCAAGGAGAAUUGUCGAGCCAGGACGAGAAGAAGUUUCGACAGCUCACCAAGGCUGCGGAGAAGGAGAUUCUCAGCAACGCGGACGUAGUUUGCUGCACCUGCGUCGGUGCCGGCGACCCUCGGCUUGCCAAGAUGAAGUUCCGAAACGUCCUCAUUGACGAAUCGACUCAGUCUGCUGAGCCCGAAUGUCUAAUCCCCUCGUGCUGGGAUGCAAGCAGGUGGUCCUCGUCGGUGACCAUAAGCAGCUGGGACCAGUCAUCAUGA